AGGCAGGGGAGACGGCGGAACCUUUCUCCGGGUUCAGGCGGCCGCCCGGAGGGGAGCAGCCAUGGCGGCGUGAGCUGGUCCCUGAUGUCGCUGCUGUCGGAGAGUGAGCGGCGCGGCUGCCGGGAGAUCCUGCAGGCGCUGGGCCGGUGCGAGCUGCUGUCGGUGGCGGACACGGUCACCAACAGGAUGCUGCGGAUCGACAGCGAAGCGGAAGCCAUGAAUGCAAUACUAAGCUAUAGCCAGAGUGCUGAGGAGCUGCUCAAGAGGAAGAAGUUACACCGUGACAUACUGUUUCAGUACCUAGCAAAACAUAGCAUUGUGAUCCCUAUCCAUGCAGAGAAAUAUCAAUUGAUUCAGAGAAUUAUUGACUAUUGGAGGGAGGACACUGCUGCUAACCAGGAAACUGAUGUUCAUGCAAGCACAUCAGGAAAUGAUGCACCAGAAGUUGAUCUAGCUAUUAAUCACAAGGGUGAUUACCAGGCAAUGGGGCUACAGUUUUGCAAGUGGUUUUAUCAGCUUCUGAACUCCCAGAAUCCUUUGCUACAAGAACGGUCAUCAGAGUGGGGCCCACAGCACUUUUGGGAAGAUGCCAAACUUAAGUUUUCAUACCGAACUUUAGAACAGCAGUUGGAGGAGUACACUGGUGCGGUUUUGGUCAGCCUCCGUUUAUUAGCACUGACAAAGGACGAGCAUCUAUUCCUAAAUCCCAACCUGACUGGCGAUGGACUAAAGUGCAUCCAUUCACCUCAUGGAUUAGUUAUUAUUGCAGUAGCUGGCACAAUUCACAGGGAUGCCGUCUGCCUUGGAGUUUUUGAGCAGAUCUUUGGUCUCAUCCGCUGUCCAAGUAACGAGAAUAAUUGGAAGAUGAAACUUAUUCAUCUCAAGAUCACUGGGCAAGGUGCAAUGUCAUCGUCUCUUCAGUCGAAUGAGGCAUCGCAGCCACCCAUUAUCAAAUAUGAAUCCAAGGAGCUACUGCAAGUCUUUGAAGAGAACGCAGUGGGAGUUUAUGAUUGAGGCUAUGAUGAUCUGUUAGACCGUAGUGAAGAACUGCUUUAUGAACUUGCAUUGAGGCUUUAAACAUACACUGGAUGGCAAGACAAUGUAUUGCAAUGCCACCUGUACUGCAAUUCGCGCUUAGAUGUAACUAAUGGUUCUCCAAAAAAACAAUUUAAAACACGCAAAAUGCUGAACUUGUUGCUUAUGCAAUGCACUAGUCGGAUAGGUAACCUUGCCAAAAAUCCUUAGUGAGCAUGUGUCUUUUUUCUUAACAAAGAAAGAAUGCUAUUUGGUCUAAUACCAUCUUGUUACCGAUGGACUGGUGUUAAAGAUAAUAACCACUAUAAAAAACACAAUUUCUUCAGUUUGUGUCUUGACGACCAACAACACAAAUUGCACCAGUGAGAUUAUUAAAUACAUUUUUCAACAUUUUCUUUGCUGGAAGCUCUGUUUGUUAAUAAACUUCUUUUUUGGAAAU